UCUAUUUGGGAAGUUGGCAGCUCGCAGCAAGCUCUUUUACUCUCGCACUGGCAGUUUGACUCUGGAAUUAUGAGCAGAGCUGGUCAAACCUGUACCUUGUUUUGAAUUUUAUUCCCAGAGAAUUGAGACCAUGGAGAUUGAUAUCGGCAUCCUCAUUGCGUUCCUUGUCUCACAGGUUGUCCAUAUUGGAGCCCAGGAGGGGGGGGAGAAGGGAUGCGUGCCUGGCUUCCAGUUGAAGGAGUACCAGGUGGAGUACAAUGGAGGUUUCCAGAAGAACCAUCCUCUCACACAAGUGUUCUUUGAUGACUGUGCAGGGAACGAGGGCGUGGCGUUUGAGGUGUCCCACCCAGACUUCCAGGUUGAUGAGGAGAUGAACCUGGUGGCCAGACGGGACGUGAUGGACAGCGGCACCGUCAUGUUCAUCCAUGGUGUCAACGAGCAUGCUGAGGACAUGGCACAGGUGGACAUAGUAGGAGCUCCACCCCGGUCUCCCCAAACACUCAGGGAGAUCCUUGGCCUUGGACAGAUCCAGCCCUACAGAUCAAAGAGAGCCCUGUUCGCCCCCCGCAUGCAUGUCAGUGAAAACAUGGAGCCGCCAUUCCCGAAAGUCAUUGGCACGCUUAUUGUGAUGUCGUCAGGCAUGGAGGAUGACCACAUCUUCCAUAUGACUGGGUUGGGUGCAGAUCAGGACCCCAAGGGGGUGUUCACCAUCAACAGGCUGACCGGAGAGGUGUCCGUUAGCCAAGAGCUGGACAGAGAGGCCAUCAAUUCCUACACGCUGGAGGUGUCUGUGACAGACCUAAGUGGGAAGCUGGUGGAGGGUCCUGUUGCCCUGCUGGUGGACGUCAACGACCAGAAUGACAACAGGCCCAUCUUCAAGGAGACCCGCUACGCUGGAGAGGUGCUGGAGGGCUCACCUACAGGAACCGUGGUGAUGAAGAUGACAGCGGAGGAUGCUGAUGACCCCAGGUUGCAGAAUGCGGUGCUGCGCUACAACAUUGUGAGGCAGUCGCCUGACAAACCCUCGCCCAACAUGUUCUACAUCAACCCAGAGAGUGGCAACAUUGUCACUGUCAUCUCCCCCAUGCUGCUGGACAGAGAGACGCUCCCCACCACGCAGUAUGAGCUGGAGAUCGUAGCCCAGGACAUGAAGGGAAGAGACGUAGGACUGACAGGAACAUCCACGGCAACCAUCACCAUCACAGACAAGAACGACCACGCCCCAGAGUUCACCCACUCACUGUUCCAGGCCAAUGUGGACGAGGGCUCCACUGGGGUGGUGGUCAACCUGACUGUGGACGACAGAGAUGACCCUGCGACGGGGGCGUGGCGAGCAAUCUAUUCCAUCAUCAACGGUGACCCCACCCAGAGCUUCGAGAUCCAAACCAACCCCGACAACAACGAGGGCAUGCUUUCCCUCAUCAAGCCUCUAGACUAUGAGAGCUUAGUGUUCCACACGCUGCUGAUCAAGGUGGAGAACGAGGACCCCCUGGUGCCAGAGGUGGGCUACAGCUCCAGUUCUACAGCCACCGUACACAUCACCAUCCUGGACGUCAACGAGGGACCCGUCUUCUUCCCCGACCCCCUCCAGGUCACCAAGAUGGAGAACAUCCCCCUGGGCAGCUUCGUGGCCUUACUCAACGCCACCGACCCAGACGUCCUCCAAUCACAGAGCAUCAGGUUUGCAGUUCUGAGAGACCCGGCUAACUGGCUCAGUGUGAACCCGGUUCGAGGUACGGUCAACACCUCUGCCAAUCUGGACAGAGAGUCGCCUUACGUUCACAACAACAAAUACACUGCCAUCUUCAUGGCCACAGACAAUGGUAGCCCACCAGCCACCGGUACUGGCACUCUGGUCAUCCACCUGGAGGACUACAAUGACAAUGCUCCCUACGUGCAACCGUCUGUGGUACGGGUGUGUGAAGACGCCAAGGACAGUGUGGUGAUAGUGGGGGGACGGGACAGGGACAUCCACCCCAACGCUGGGCCCUUCAAGAUCGAGCUGGGGAAACAGCCAGGGCUGGAGAAGACAUGGAAGGUCUCCAGGGUCAACAACACACAUGCUCAGAUCAUGCUGCUACAGAAUAUGAAGAGGGCCAACUACCAGCUGCCUCUGGUGGUGACAGACUCUGGCCUGCCUCCGCUUUCCAACAGCACUGAGAUCAAGGUCCAGGUGUGCACCUGUAAGAAGAACAGAAUGGACUGCAGCAGUGCUGGCUCUGUACGUUCCAACCUGAUGAUGCUACUGGGACUAGUCCUGCUCUCCCUACUCUGCCUGUAAAUUGUGCUGAAACCUACUGUAGUCUACUUGCAACACUGAAGAAAAACACCAUAUCUCCCCUACGUGACCAAGCCUAAGGAAAGAGAAGACCUCUCACCAUAACGACAACAACUAGCAAACAAUUUUAAAAACACAAUUCAGACUGGACCUCUGUGGUAUUAAGCUUCUUGGGUGUCUCAACGUUAUCUCACCCAGCCGUCCCCCCCUGGCUCCCCACCAGGUUUUAGUUACCCCCCUUCACCUCUACCUCACCCGUCUCUACGUCCAUUACCGCCCCUAGCUCUGUUCCCCCUCACCUGAACAGUUGUCCUUGCCCCUGGUCUUCUCCCUCGCCCGUCCGUCUCCCGCCCCUUGCCUGCCUGUCUCCUCCCUCCAUCGCUGCGUUGUCACUGACACCACCGCCUAAAUGGACUCUUUCGCUGGGCAAGGAAACACUGCAUAGUCUGAGCUACUGGAUACUGGAUGGGGAAAAGCAUAAACCUUUUGAUGUAUUACUUUAUUUUCUCGUCACAAACAAGUGUAUUUUGUCUUGUUUCCUACUGUAAUGAGAGAAAAAAGCCUGUUUUUGUCUGCAGUGGUUGUGGUCUCUUAGGGCAAGAUGGUAGCCUUCUCAAGUCAGAAGUUUCUGGAGUCUUUUUUGAUUUGUUUUGUUUCUAUUGAAUUAGUUGUCAUGGAGUGGAAAACAAUAUUUCUUUAUAGUAACGGUGUGAAACUAAAAAAAAAAAAGUACACUAUAUAUUUUAUUUUUUACCAUUGUACAAAUAUAUUAAUUAACUUAUGUACUUGGACUGCAGGCUCUUCAAUUACCCUUACAGAAAAAAAAACGGAAACAUUUUUGUGGACUUUAGGCACUAUUUCUAAUGCUAUCGAUGUGUUUCCUAUUUUUAAUGUAAAUCUUUUUUUCUAUUUUUAAAUCUGUGAUUAAUUUACAUCUGGAGCAGGGGUUGGAACCGAAAUUAUUUUCCAAUCGUUUCGUUCUGAACAGAAUCAUUAUUUUUUUUGUUCCGUUCCACUGUUUCGACCUGCAAAAUAAAGUUCUGAACCGGUUCGAACCCCAAAAAAGUAACGAUUUAUAUAGUUCCUUUUCUGUUCCUUUCUGAUAUUUUUUUUACAUUUAGCUCGACAUUAAAUUACUUCACCAAUCAGUGCGGAUUGAGCAGCUUGCUAUGGAGCGGGCAAGCUAUAGUUGUUUACAUACGCGAUGGACAGACAAGUGUAGAGCGCAAGAUGCGAUGGAAAUGUUGCGGUUGGGGAGAAAGGGUGGGGGAGGAGGCUUGGCUUGAAGUGCUGGGCAUCUUGUUAUGACAUGCAUUUUCUGAAUUAGGCACACAGAAUUAUACCUACGGGGGAUCGGCUUCAAUGGAGGAACUUUGAACAUCUUUGAACUUCAGAGAGUUGGCUUAACGUUGGACCAGAGCUAGCUACCAGAAUUAAAAACGCAUCUUACCUUUUUGUAGUUAAUAAAUCCAAUGUGAAACAUGAUAAAUAUAGUAUCCUUAAUUAGCAUUGAAAAAGUGAAUCCUUUCUUUUCUAAUUUAAAAUCUCUCCCUAAUUUCUGAAUCACGCUUAUAAUGUCAGUAGGCUACGGUAGUGGGAGGGGCAGGUAGCCUACACACACACAAACACUGGCAAAGAAUUUCAGCUGGCAAAGAUUUUCAGCUGGCAGGGAGACGCUGGAAUACGUUUCUGAGGGACAGAGUGAGGGUUUUGCAUAGGCACUUUGUUGCGUUUUUUGUGAGAGGGACCUAAAAAAAAAUCCUGAUGCGUAAUUAACCGGUUCCUAUGCGUUUAAAAUAACGGUUCUGUUCUGGAACAGUAUAGAUCACUUUUGUUCCCGGUUCUGAUUCUGUUCCUUGAAAAAAAAAAAUCUGGUUUUUGGUUCUGUUCUCUGAACCGGUUCCAACCCCUGAUCUGGAGUUUUCAUUUGCUUUGAAGUAUGGCAAUCUGUCU